AUGGAGACGUUCGUGGAAGAUUUGCAAAGUUCGCUCGAGUACUAUGGUAAGGUGUACCAGAUCAAAAAAUACACCAUUGAUGGCUUCUUUGAGGGUCAUAUCAGUUUUAUGAUUGACACUGCUGUCAAAUACAAGAACACCGAAGGCAAGGAGUAUGUCGUCCAGCCGAUGAGCCGCAUGAUGUAUCUGUCCGCUUGGGAUGACGUCUAUGUGCCUGCCACAUAUCGCGGUGCCCCACCCGUCUGCCACUUCUGUCGCCAGAGUGGCCACAUCCGCGCUGCCUGCCCUGUACUAUUGAAGCGCCAAUGCUUCAAGUGCCGCAAGCUUGGUCACAACGCUACGUUUUGCAACGAAGAGGAGACCACUUUUGAGGAGGCACUAGAUGAGUACGAAUCGAGCAAGAAGGCCAUUGAGAAGCCCAAUACUGCCAACGCUCAACGCCGUACCCCUGAGAAUAACCAAGAGAAGCGCCAUAGAUCCACUCCCACCAUCGAUGAUGUCGUCGAGCAGCAGCAACUGCAACAUCAAGCCGCCGCCGCCGCUCAGACUGCCAACAAGCAAAAGGGGUCCACUGGCCGCCCGAGACGCAGUUCAACGACUGAAGCGAUGGAUGUCAAUCCCAAGGCUCUCCAGCGUACUCCCCAGGGUAGCUAUGCCUCCAAGCAUACGCCUCUCGGUGUGUCUCUCCACAUGAAUGUGGAUUCCGAAGGUAGUGAUGCUGCCAACGCUGAUUUUUCGUCUGAUGUGCUCCCUCUCCGCCGUCACUCCGUGAGCUCAACGUCUAUGUCGCAGACUCCAGUGCAUCACGCCGCCGAUAGGGCUUAA